AUGAUAAGCUGUGUCAUGUUCUGUGAGUUCCAUAUAAAGCGAGGCCCAGCUUUAGUUUACCAGUAUCCCGAAAAUUAUCUCUCCAAAGACACCUUUGAUUCUUUAUCUGAUAUUCUUAUCCCGCGUCCUGAACUCUGUGGAAAAGUCAUAAGUGUCCAAGUUGUCGGUGAUGAAUAUAUAAUAGGCCAGCCUGUAAUCAUCGUCAACGACAAAUACGAGCGUCAGAAAAUAGAAUUCAAUUUUGCCGUCAUCAUUCCAGCUGAAGAAUACUCUCGCUUUUCUCUUUAUGAAAACAUGAUACGAAAACUUGCCUUACAGCUCACAGUUCUUGAGAUAGAAAACGACUACAUUUCCAACCCAGAAAAACAAAUAGUGAUGGGGAAGCUCUGCAAAGACAUUUAUACACAGCUAUUAGACAAAAAUGAAUGCUACAUCCCAGUUGAUAAUUGGAAUUUGAUAAUUAUAGAGCUAUCAAGCAAAAAUAAAAGGUAUCCACCGAAAAUCAGGAGUUGACAUGUACCGACUCCAUUGAUUGACUUGUAUGAUAUUGUAGAGAUCAGGUCUGAUACUUCCUUGAACAAAAUUGUAAAAGCGAUUAAUGGAAUUAGGUGCGUGAAGCAGAUAAGCGAAUUUUCAAAAGUAGAUGAAGGGCAUGUAAAAGUGUGUCUCCAGCACCUGUAUUAUCAUGGGAUGAUUGAAAUUUCAGACUAUUUCCAGGACAGCAAUAUAUAUAGAAUAACACCAAAAAUUGGAUUAAUUCUUACAGAGUAUGCUGAAGAAGCUGUCUUAUCUUUAGCGAGAAAUUCAGAAGAGCCAGAAAUUGAUGAAGCUGGGCUGUUUGAUUAUUACUCUAAGCUCUCUGACAAAACAAUUAGAGAAUUUAAGCUGGAAAACCCUGAUUUCGAUAAUAUUGUCGAUCUCCAAAAAUUCAUCAAAUAUGGCACAGUAAGAGGACUUAUCAGGAGAAUUCACAAAUAUUAUGUUAAAUAUAACGAAUCAGUAUUAAGGAAAACCAAAACAAAUCCAUCGGAUUUAGAAACCAUCAGAAAAGCAAGCGCCUAUUUAAACGGAAAGCACAAUCUUGACGAAAUCGCAUGUGUUUAUUAUGAGCACAAGUCUCAAGAGGUAGAGAAACCGAUAGAAGAUGCAUGUAUAACUUUUUUAAAGUAA